UUCCUCUGGCAUUUGGUUUAACGGGGCUGAUCAGACUAGGAAACGCGGACUUGGACGACAUGCGCAUCGAAGUCGAGAUUCUUCAUUGGAGAAUAAGAUUUAUUGGAAAACAAGCGGAAUCACUGCGAAGGCGCUGGCUUAUGGCAGAAGAACAAGCACGCCGACGGGCCGAAUUACUUGAAGACGCUAUACAGGAAGUAGACGUCGUCCGAAAAGAAAACAACCUCCUUACAACGCAACUAGCAAACUUUCAAGCUGGAAUGAAGUCUUUCAGUGAGGAAGAAUUCUGCCACUCUAUUCGCCUUCUGUAUGAUGACCUCCGACACUGGAUAUGUCUUCAUUUUGGUGAACAUGGAAUGGGUAAAGAGGGCCACAAUAUGCAGCCAAUCGAUGCCGCACAUGUCCUAACAAUAGAUGGGAUCCAGUCCUACAUCGCGCGCCUGAUUUUCACGACAUUUUGGGUCCGAUAUAUGGUGGGAUGUGAAGCUUCGUGGAACAACUAUCUCUGCAACCUGGACAACAUAGUUGAGGAACUUUGUGAGUUGAAGCAACUGGAUCAUACCUAUUUUUUCGUUAGCACUGACCAAACCAGACCCCCAUCACAUCUGGUGGCAUUGGAGAAACCAGUGGAGCUGCAAAUUCAGCAACAACGUAUUGUGAAUCAGGUGGAAGACUGGUUCUCUCAAUACUCUACCACAGAUAAGUUGCAGCGAACGAAUCAGCUGAACAAUCUCAUUCAGCGAUGUAUCCAGCUGAAACAAAAUAUCGAAUGUCAAGAUGGCAUCUAUAUACUUCGAUCAAGUCACCCUCGAAUGCCUUUCCGGGAUCAGAAUAUGCGAAGCCUGAUGGAAGAGGCGGGCGCAAAUGAGACUGUAGACUACAGUGUAUGGCCUGGACUUUUCAAAAUCCUACAGCCGGGCAACUGGUCGGUUAUAGAAAAGGAGAUCGUCAAGACUUCCUCUUCGUCAUUUAAUACACUAUCAUUGACAACUGAAUCUGAAGGGCAAUCGGAAGAUCAAUUGUCAGAGUUACAAGGGGAAAGUUGCUUCUGA